AUGGCGUCUGAAGAAAAAGUACACGUGAAUAAGACGAACAGAAAAAGAAAACAUGGCACUCUAUCUGCUGGUCCUAGCGCUAAAUCAUCACCCUYUUCGAGCUCCACGGUGAAUGCUCAAGCUCCAAGGGGUAUAAAUGUUGUAGAAUUUGCAGAGGCAAGGGCGCUAGAGCUGCAUAAUAUGGUAGAAGGGAUGGCAAUGGCUGACAGGACGGGUAAGAAGAGAUUGUUCCAGAGCCUGCCAAAACACAUGAGGCGAAGAGCUAUGAGUUAUAAUGUCAAGAGAAUGCCUGUUAGGCUUAGAGAACAGGCUAAGAAAGAGAUGGAAAAGAAUAAGUUGGAUGCCAAAACAACUAAAAAAAGUAGAAGGCAAAGACGUAAAGCAAAAGAAUUACUGGAAGAUUACAAUCGUAGGAAAAAACAGAAUAUCUGGCUAGAAACACAUAUCUGGCAUGCCAAGAGAAUGAAAAUGGUGAAUUCAUGGGGUUACAGACUGGCAGAACAUCCUUCUGAUAAAGGAUUCAGAGCAGCACAUAGAGCUGCUGCUAGCAACUGCCUCCUUCAGGAUAUUUCCUAUUAUGGGUGCAUCGAAAUAAAAGGAAAUAGAAAAAACAUUCUAUCUGCUAUGGGCUUGCUUACAAGAACAGAAUUGGGUCCAACUAUAGGAUCUUUAGAUUGUAUGAACACUGGUAAGGAGGGACAUGUGGUGUUAUAUCACAAGGACUGCUAUCCUUUUGGAGCUGUAGGACCAGUAUCUUUUUUAUGGAGACAGGACAGACAUCAGAAUGAUGGAGAUAUCUUUAUUGAUGAUGGUAGUACUUCUCAGUCAUCUCAGCUAUGGAUCUGGGCUCAUCCCGCUUGCUUUGCUGUAGUUUUUCAAGCAAUUCAAGAAGCCUGUCAGAGUGUUACAUCAACAGUAGUUGUACAAGACUGUGCUAGCCAAAAUGAUAAUCCAUCAACUGAAUCACAAGAAAUGAAAACCAGCCCCACAACAAAGCAGGGACAACAUAUCAACAUAUCUUCUUUAAGAUUUGAUUUGGCCCGUUUUCGUCUGACGGGACCAUUAUCACACUCCUUACUUGUAAACAUGUUAGAGCUUCCUGGUGAAAAUAAACCAGUGCAGAGAGAAAAAUGUUUAAUGCAUGAUGAAAGCUUCCUAAUUGAAAAAGAUGAACAAAAUGCCAUUAACACUACAGGAAAUGAGACUACAAAAUGUGGAUGCACUAUAAACAGUGACACUCAAGUUGGUGCAUAUGAGUCUGCAUUAUCGUCUGAAGCCUUCUGGGAAAGAAUCAAGUCAUCCAGCACUUCAUCAAUUCUACCAGCUUACACUGUCAUUGGACUGACUGUAGUUGAUCCAAGACUUGGAAUGCCUGGAAUAAGAACAAGCAUUGAUUCCUUCCUUACAGAACAACAUAAUAGAAAAGGAGACAUCCCUCCAUCCCGGUCGUCAUCAGACAUGUUGUUCACCAAGUGUCCUCCCCAUAUAGCUACAUCAAGUAUCUGGGAUGUUAACACCAGACAAAAUGUCAAGGAAACCAAAAUAACAGAACAGAACCUUAACCAGAUGCGCUCUGAGCUUCUUGUUCCAGGCUCUAGGCUAGAUCUAGGAGACAAGACAUCACAUAUACCUGUGCUGUUGGUUCAACAACCUGGAUCCAACGGGUACGCUGGAGGAUGGGAUAUUAUCCUACCUGCUGGCUGGGCCAUGGCAUUUUGGAUGGCCCUUGUAUACAGGGGAGCACGCGUAGGGGGCCUGAGAGAAAGCAGAAAUUGUUCCCUUGAGUGCGAGGAGCCUUAUUUUCCACGUGAUGUACCGGAUACUUGCUCUGGUAAGCAAUACAACAGAGAUGUGCAGACGGAAGAAGAGAACAGGUAUAAUCGAUACCCACCAGCAAAACGACCCAAUUACACCAAAUUAGGCUUUUUAUCACCUUUCUUUAUUCCUUGGAGUCAACUAGUUGAGGAAUGGAGCUUAGAGGUGUUGAAUAAUGAGGCAGUACCAGAUGCAAGACUAGAUCUACAUGACCUGUCUUUGGGUAGACAAGUAAUCGAUAAUGUGUCGCCAWUGGGUAGACAAGGAAUCGAUAAUACAUCGUCGGUGCCCCAACAAGACAUCAAAAAUGUGACGUUUGGAAGUCAGGAAAUCCAUCACUUGGCGCCGUUGGACCACGGGCAGCCCAAAAGUGAAACUUCACAGACCGGAGAAGAAAUAGAUAUUGAUAUGAAUAUGGAGAGUAAACCAACCCGCCACAAUUCAAAUCUAACGUUUUUCGUUCUACGAGAUUUAUCUCAGCUACGACUUCUCCGUAAAAUUAUUACAAGCCUCCGGUCUAAAACAAACCGAUGUAAACCCUCUGAUACAUCGCACAGCAAACUAGACAUCCGACCACUAGUUGAUACCAUGACCAGCAAUCCACGAGGCUUGGUAGGAGUUUCUUUGCGCAUGUUGAAUAAAGGAUACCCGCUGCCCAAUGCUACCGUGUCUAUCCCUUCUGUUGUGGAUAUACAAGCACUUGAACAAGAUAAGGCCUUUGGGGGUCCUGUGGAACCACUUCAUAAAGGCUCCACUAAUGUUGCGGAAAAAAACAUGAUGAUUGGUCGUUGUAGUCGUAAAGUCAUCGGGUUUGUUACAUCGGGACAAUAUUCGCUCUCGCGUGGAUUUGGAGUAGGGAUUGCUUACUGUGCCCUCCCGGGGUUAGUAGAAUUAUUGACAACCAGAGACCAAGCAGUCGUUCUUGUUCGUAAUACGAAAUCUCUACAGUAUAGAAUGGCAUUGAUUGAAAAAGUGCUGUAAACCAAAACCAAAUAAAACUUGAAAUCAAA